AUGUUCUACACAAUGUACCUGUCAAGCGUCUGCCAACGCCGCCAAUGGCCCUCCCCCCUCUACGAACCCUACCGCACGCCUUCGGGCCACUACUGCAAAGUCCGCGUCAACAACCGCGAAUACACCACCGAAGUGCCCUACUCCUCCGAAGCCUUGGCCCGAGACGGCGCCGCCCAAAAAGCCUAUAUGAUCUGUCGCAACUUCUCCGUCAACGACGGCAUGUUCCCCGGUCAGAGAUCCGGGAGCGCGAUCCAAGGGCUUCCGGUCGCGAUUGGGACGGGGAGGGGAAGGACGGGGAGUGAGGGGAGUAGUAGUAGUGGGGGGGAUAGUCCGAGGAGUGAGGAGGAGGAAGGGUUCGAAUCACAGCAGCAGGUUUCGAUGAUGAUGAAAUCUAGUAGUAGUAGUCGGAGGAGGAAGAUGGAUGAGGAUGAGGAUGUUUAUUUUUGUUAUUGUCGUCGUGCGCGUGUGAUGAGGGCUUAUGGGAGGUGUGGGUUUUGUUUGGGGGAGAAUGGAUGGGCGUGAAUAAUAACAACUACUUACCUGGCAUGAUGGGAGGAAGAUGUUUUUACUG